AUGGCCCCCAAGAAGAAGACCACCGGCGGCGCCGCCCCCCCGCCGCCCCCACCGCCGCAGCAGCAGCAGCAGACCAUCACCAUCACGAAGGAUGGUGAUACCAUCAUCCCUGUCUCCAAGAAGGAGAAGAUGGCCCUGCUCCGGGCUGCCAUCGCCGCGCCGUCCCGGGCGCACAAGCGCAAGGCCGAGGAGAACGAGGAGGCCGAGGACGAGGACGAGGAGGCCGAGAAGGCCGAGAAGCCGUUCCAGGGCACGUCUGCGAAGGCGCGGGCCCGCGCCCGAAAGCGGGCAAAGAAGGCCGCCGACGCCGCCGCCGCCGCCACCGCUGCUGCCGCUGCUGCCACCCCCGCCGCCGCCGCGCCCGCUGCGCCCGCUGCGCCCGCCGCGCCCGCCGCGCCGCUGCCGCCGGACCGGGUUGCCUCCUCGUUUGCCCUCGCCGCCGCUGCCGCAGCCGCCCAGGCCCGGGCCGCCGCCGUGCCGCUGCCCGAGGAGGGCGAGGACAUGGAGUUGGAGGGAUAG